CACUGGAAGUUGGUCAUAGACGUGAUUGAGUGUGUUGCUAUGGGAGAACUACCAACCAGUUUGUUGUUUAAAAUUUAAAAUAAUCAUUUUUAUUCAUAUUUAGAGAUUGUGAGGUUAAACAUGUAUCAAAAUACAGCUGCUAAAGAAGGAGAUAAAUCUUAAUUAUUACCAUAUCUCUUUUGUGCCUUUAACAUCAUGGAAUUAGAGUUAUCUAGAGUUGAUUACACAUUGGUGGGGAUAACAGCUCCACAAACAAUGAAACUUUUACCUAACAUAGGAACAAGAAUGAUGCAGAAGGUAGCUGUUGCAGAUCAAGAUGGAGUGUUACAAAUAUUUUCUGUGAAGAAAGGAGACAUCCAAAUAGGUUUUAAAACAUUGCCAGGUGCUGGUAUAUCUCGGUUGGAACUUGGUGGUGCACUGGGGACUGUAAAGGACAAAAUAUUUGUUUCCUCUGAAAAUGAAGUUCGUGGGUACACAAAGAAGGGAAAGCUGUUUCUGGAUUUUGACACAAAUCUUACAGAACCUAUUAAAUCGAUGCAUGUUAGUGGUAGUAACCUUCUCGUUUGUGGUAAACAUGCAUACAACCAAUAUCAUGACUGUAAAGACACAAAUUCAUAUCUGUGCGGAGACCAAAUUAAUGAUGUUGUUUCACUCUCUGCUGAAAAGGCUAACAGGCUGACUCCAAUAUUAGCUUGUGAGGACAGGAUGCUACGAGUGCUGGAUCGAUCCUCUGUGCUUCACAAUAUAGAGGUUGAUGCCAUACCAGCCGUCCUGCGUCUCAAUGGCAGUGAUGGAGGGGAAGCUGGGGACGAGAUAUUAUAUGGCACCGCAGACGGGAGAGUUGGGCUUGUUCAUGUAGGCAGAAUGGAUGUAGAUCACAGGUGGAUAUUGAAUGAUGGGAAGCAACGAGCCGGUAUCGUCUGUAUGGACUGCUAUGAUAUGUCAGGAGAUGGAGUAUUGGACCUUCUGAUAGGGCGACAGGAUGGGACUUUGGAUAUUUUCUCGUUGGGUGAUGAUGCUGGUGAAGAAGGCAAACUAACACAGAGGUUUUCUUAUUCAUGUAAUGAAAGUAUUACCUCUGUCCAUGGUGGGGUUGUUGGAAAUGCAGGCUAUGAAGAAGUGGUGGCUUCAACAUAUACAGGAUGGAUUUUUGGCUUGACAACAGAAGUGGUGGAUAAGCAAAUACUUAUGGAUACAGAAACUGGCAGUAUGAAUAUUUCCCAGGAUGCUCAGCAGAAGAUAAUGCGUCUGAGAUUUGAAAUUGAUGAGCUAGAACAAAGAGUUAACAGAGAAAGAGAAAAGUAUCAAGCAGCAACACAAGACAAAGUAGAUGGGUUAUCAGCAAUUCCAUUCAUUUCAAUUAAUGAUAAGAUGACUCUCUGUCAAGAUGAUGCUUCAUAUUCACUAAUACUGGAAGUGCAGACAGCUAUAGACAAUGUACUUAUCCAAAGUGAUGUUCCUGUGGACUUGCUGGAUGUGGAGAGAAAUUCAGCAGUUGUAAGCUACAGUGCAUGUGAACCAGGGAGUGGUAACUACUUGCUGGCAACGUACCGCUGCCAAAUGAAUACAACCAGACUUGAACUGAAGCUGCGUACAAUUGAAGGGCAGCAUGGAACUCUACGGACAUAUGUCACACCUUUGAUUCAACCCAAGUGCUGUCAGUUGCAACAGUAUAAGAUAAAACCUUUGUCUCUUCAUAUGCGUUGUCAUUCCUUUGACCCACAGCGGCCAUAUAAUAUACUCACACUGAAGGGGGCAUUCAGUCUUGGAGAGAUACAUACAUGGGUGUCCUUCUGCCUACCUGAGAUACCCGAGAAGGCUCCUACUGGGGACAAAGUCACAUUCACUUUUGUCUCCACAUUCCUUGACACGAUGCUACAUUGCUCUUACUGGAAGGGGGAAGCAGAGUUCCAGUCAGAUAAUAUUUCUACUAUCUCAAUUCUAAAAGAUAUUUUAACUAAAGAAGCCACAAAGAAGAAAAUAAAACUGGAAAUUUUUUGUGCAGUGAAUGAUGAAAGCGUGGUACACACUCUACAUUUGCUACAUCCAAAGCUGGAAGCACAGUUGAAACUCUCAAAACAAGUGGCACUUCUGGAGGCACUUCGAGAACUGGACACUCAUGAUGCAGAAUCACUGGAAUGUCUUUUGCCAGAAUACAGACAUAUUUUGAAAAAUGAGAAGGAACUGUUGGCCCAGUACAAGCGACAACCUGCACACCUAGAUCGCUUAUAUGGCAUGAUUACAGAUUUGUACAUUGACAGACACAAAUUCAAAGGAAUUAAUGUGAAAGGGAAAAUUCCACAGCUGCUGGAAGUAUUAGAUAAAUAUGACUUGCAAAAUCUGCUAAACUUCUUUGAACAAGACCCUGUGUGAAAAGGUUGAUGU